CUGUGUCUACAUCCAUCGCCCAGAGGAGGCCCGUGCGGUGUGGGGCGGGCCAGGAGCAGGAGAGGCCUUCCUCCCUUUGUGCUCCCCCCUCCCCUCCUCCCCCGGGGGCCCUAUAAAUAGGCCCAGCCAGGGCCGUGGCUCAGCUCUCCGAGGGAGUCAGACACCAGGCAGAGGUCUCCAGCCAAGCCCCCACCAGCCAGCCAGCAUGGCCAGCGAGUUCAAGAAGAAGCUCUUCUGGAGGGCUGUGGUGGCCGAGUUCCUGGCCAUGACCCUCUUCAUCGUCAUCAGCAUCGGGUCCGCCCUGGGCUUCAACUUCCCCCUGAAGAACAACCAGACGUCAGGUGCGGCCCAGGACAACGUGAAGGUGUCCCUGGCCUUCGGGCUGAGCAUCGCCACCAUGGCCCAGAGCGUGGGCCACAUCAGCGGCGCCCACCUCAACCCGGCCGUCACGCUGGGGCUGCUGCUCAGCUGCCAGAUCAGCGUGCUCCGCGCCGUCCUGUACAUCAUCGCCCAGUGCGUGGGGGCCAUCGUGGCCACGGCCAUCCUCUCGGGCAUCACCUCCUCCCUGCCCGGCAACACCCUGGGCAGCAAUGCGCUGGCCUCCGGCGUGAACGCGGGCCAGGGCCUGGGCAUCGAGAUCAUCGCCACUCUGCAGCUGGUGCUGUGCGUGCUGGCCACCACCGACCGGAGGCGCCGGGACCUGGGGGGCUCAGCCCCACUUGCCAUAGGCCUCUCCGUGGCCUUGGGACACCUGCUGGCGAUCGACUACACGGGCUGCAGCAUCAACCCUGCCCGGUCCUUCGGCUCGUCUGUGAUCAGUAACAACUUCAAGGACCACUGGGUCUUCUGGGUGGGGCCGUUCAUCGGGGCCGCCCUGGCCGUCCUCAUCUACGACUUCAUCCUGGCACCGCGCAGCAGCGACCUCUCGGACCGCAUGAAGGUGUGCACCAGCGGCCAGGCCGAGGAGUACGACCUGGACGGCGAGGACAUCCACUCCCGGGUGGAGAUGAAGCCCAAGUAGAGGGCCUGGCCCCGCAAUCACCGGGGGAGGGGGCAGGGGCGGGCGGCGGGAGGGGCGGGUGGAACCCAUAUUGUAGACACUCUGACGAGCUGGCCAAAGUCUCUCGCCGAAGAUCCGAGGGACGUGCGUGGCCACGCCUGAUUUGGGCUCUUCCUAUCACUUUCUUUCUCUUUCUCUGCUGCCUGGCCUUGGGGCUUCCUGGAGACCCAGACUGCCCACUCGCCCACUCCCUGGAGGUCCCAGAGGAGCUGAAAGAGAGGCACCCGCCCUCAGAGUGUGCCAGAAAGCCCCUCACCCCAACGCAGCUCCCCAGCUCACUGGCCGCAGGUGCCUGGGGCCCCGCUGUCAUCGCUCUGCGCCUUUGGGUGCAGCCUUCUCCUGUCACUUGCCCUUUGCCCCCAGAGGUGCUUCUCGGGGAAAGAGACCCCGGGAGGGGUGGGUUAGGAGCGAGCGGUGACCAGCUUGGCCCGUGCCCCCGUCUGAGAGGGUCAGGGACAGAGAAGGCCCGGGGCCCGAGGUCCCUCUCUGGGGUUCUGUGAGUGUAGACGCACUGUGGGCUCCGGAAGAUGCUGUCUGCAUCCGCGUCUUCCACUCGCGCCCAGUGGGUUCUUUCCCCCAGCACAGAUGCAGCAAGGACACAUGCGUGCUUCCAAGCAGCGAGCAGUGGCCAGGCCAGCCGCUGGAACCAGACAGGGCCUGCUGCUGCCCAGGGAAGGGCACUUAGAGGUCAAAGGAGGAACGCCCAGGUCUCCUCGCUGAGUGUUAGUUGGUCUUUUCCGCCUGUCGCUGCAUCACCUGGACCAGUACCCUGUUCUCUGCUUCCUCCCUCCUGCCGGAGGAGACACAGGUCCCUGUGACACAAGCAUGUGUUUAUGAAAGGACAGUGGGGACAGACGUGGCUCGGCCCACGGCAGCAGAUGCCCUGGCUGGACUUCAGGGGUUUCCAAGGCCCCAGCUGAUGGUGAGGGGCGAGGAGCAGCUUGCCCCCUUGCUGCUGAGCUCCUGGCUGGAGGCAUUCAGGCUCCCGUGUGACCCAGGCCCCCGUGUGACCCAGGCCACAGCCUUCCCUCCUCACUUACCUGGAGGGAGAGUCGGCCGUGGCCUUGGCCUUGACCUGAUGAAGGACCUGCGGCUGCAGCCCAAGUACGUAUAGUUCAGAGCACAAGGUUGGUUUCAAGAGCAGCCAUCUACAGUCCAUUCAAUCCCAUCAGAGCCAGAGCAGGUCCCUUACGUGCCCACAGCCACGAUGGUGACAAAACGGAGACACCAUACCCAGGUACCCAGAAGCAGGAGGCCCUAACAGUCCCUGAGCCCAUCUGCACACGCUCUUUCCCAUUCCCUAGCAGGGACUUCCAGCCCACCUUACAGAUAAGGAAACCGAGGCCCAAGGGCCCACAGCUAGGUCAUGAUUUGGCCAGGCCUAUCAGCCAAGGCCAUGUCUUUGGCUACUACCUGGCCCAUGAGACUGGCCCCUCUCACCCUAGCUUCUCUGUUUCAGCCUGGGCAGGGGCCCCGGGCCCGAGGGUUGUGCCAGAGGGGAGUGGGGGCAGGCCUACGCCCCUGCCUGUCCUUGCUGUUGUUCACCAGGCCCUGCUUCUGCCUGCUCUGCACAUGUCUCUUGGGAAUUGGAAUUUCAUUGUAUGUUAAAAAAUAAAUAAAUAAAUAAAGGAAAAUGACUUUUAAUGUCA